CGAUCACCUCACAUCGCAGCUCUCUUACCUCAGCCACAAGUCUGACGAAAGCUAGCUUGGAUUCCCGCGGACACUCACCCCACAACUGACCUCUUGAUAAACCCCAGGCUCAAGCCCCCGCCACUUUCACCCACCGGAGCUUCGAUUUGCCUUCCACCAAGUAAGCAGCACGGCUUACCGACUACUCCUCGAGUGAAAACGAGAUUGAAACAUAAGUAGCCCAAGUUCUCACGAACCGCGCGACAAGAACUCGCAAAAGGUUCAACACAAGAGUGCGGAAACUGUGAGAAAUGAAAGUGGUGGCUCCGACCAACGACAAAUUCCACACAAGCGGUUUCCGGACAGCUUGAAGCGGGAGUCACAUCACAAAGAGCACAGCCGCAGCAAUGCCCGACAAGAUGUCGCGAUUGAUGUCGCUCAGUUGGGGAGCAUCGGCCAGUCAGCCCUCCCGCGACAAGAACAUGAAGAAACGAACUUUGCCAACUCCAACAUCUCCAGCUGCUACCAAGCGGCAAAAGUCCGGCCCGUUCAUAAUCGACUCAGAUGAGGACAGUGAUGGAGACCGCGGAAACGAUGACGGACCGGUUGAAAAUGAUGGAUCAGAGACUCUGGUGACUCCAACAGGAAGUGUCAGGAACAGACUCCAGUCUCCACUUGCCAAAGAUGACGGUAUGAUAGCUCCGGGCGCAAUUUUGCAGCAACAGGCGUCGAACGGGUCUGAAUGCCUGACUUUCGGUUCAAAACCAGUCACAGCUUCGCAGCCUGGCAAGGAGAGAAACAAUGAUCGAUUCAAAAUGAUGAUGGCAAGGAAACAAGGUGGUACCGUUGCGCGUGGUUCGGAGCAAAGGCCAUUGCAGACUGGGUUGCGAAGUCGACCGAUGAACAUUACACAUGCAAGCAACUUGUGGCAGGAAAAGCCUUUGAGCUUUACGGCGGAUGACGACUCGCUUCAACUAGAUGGGCCGCAGCGAGGCACCAGUUAUCUCGGUCCAAGGGGAGUACGUCAGCAACGAGAUACGCCUCGAUGUAGCUCAUCAGCACACGCUUCUGCAGAUGCUCGGUCCAACCCAUCUUCUGGGACUGUAGGAAGAUCGCUAUUUGAGGUCGAAUAUCCUUAUCAGACUCAUAUCGGUCGCCCACAAAAGCCUGCUAAUGAGGAAUAUCCUCAGCUUGCCACGGCUGAAGCACGCACACGGCAACCUCCAACUUCACGUGCCCCCAAUUCAUCUGUGUCGCGAAAAACGGAGACUCCAAGAUGGAAAACCCCGCCAAAUAGCUGCUCUUUGCGCAACAUACUGGAUGUAGCCAAAGCUGAAGACAACGGCGCAGCGCAAAAGCAAAACAGCGUUGGCAGUGAGUGGCGCAGAGCUCAAUCUCAGCGAGCAUCGAUGGUGUCAGCCAGAAAAGUGCCGAAGCCUGAGGUUGGUGCUCGAUAUGGACAUACGUUGACAGCAAAGAAGAUGAGUGCCGCAGAGAAGGCGCCAGUGGAUACGAAAAGCGCGAGAGGCUUCAGAGAUGACCAGAUACCCGUGGCUCGUGAUUCAAAUUCUCCAGGAGUUUCAGUGGAGGGAACAAGCUCGAGGGCUACUUUUCCUCCUAACGCAAUUGUACCUGCUAAGCGGAAGCCAACACCUCAGUCGAUUCAACCUGCGAGACAGAAGACUGUGCCUCGCCUUGUCAGCCAAGGAUCGCCCAAGAUGGCGUCAGGCAGCAGUGAACUAUCAGCUCCACCUAAUCCUACGAAGGAAACAGUCAAUUCUUCUCCUCUCGAAGAAACACCUAGAAGACCUGAGCGGAUGUCCAACGUUUCAUCACCAACAGAUGCUCUGUUUUCCGAAGUGGAGUGUACCACAGGAGAAAUCACCAUGAAACCACAGUCACCGUCGCUUUUGGAGCCCACUACUCAGCCUAGAAGCUCAGUCGGACUGCUCAGUGAUGUUAUGGUACGAGACAUCACUCUCCAAAACGAGGCAACGGAUACGUCCAAACUAUCAGACACUGGUUACAAAGUGCCUAUCUCUCACGAAUUCGAGGUUUGUGAACCACGCUUCCCGUCUUACGAGUCUGCGGUUCGAACGAACGUGCCUGUCGCUGUGAUGGUUCGUCCUAAGCAAGGGCUGUCUGGACCAUUUCUCGCAGGGUAACAACAACAAUAAGCCGCUCGUUACAAUUCCUGGAGACGUUGGUAUCGAAACUGGCCAUAAAACGAGCACAGAUGACGCUCUCGAAGGUUCUCAGGUCGCCAUGGAGGUGGAUGACGCACAAAAACACGCUGCUCUAGCAACAAAAGUCUGUCCGGAGACGGCUGGUCGUAUAG